AUGGACCCCUACUCCGCCGAAGGCGAGCUCAUCAACAUCCACAACCACUUCCACCAAGGCCAGUUCCCCGAAGUGAUCGACUUCGACACCUCCUCACUCUCCCCCGAAAACGCCCUCCCCGCCCGCGUCCUCCAGCUGCGCGCCCGCAUCGCCCUCGGCCAAGCCGACGACGUGCUCGCCGACAUCCAGGGCGAGACCGACGCCCACCCGGAGCUGGCAGCCGUCGCCGCGCUGGCGGAGCUAGCCCUGGGCCGGGCCGACGAGGCGGCGGAGAAGGUGGAGAAGCUGGUGCAGUCGGAUGCGGCUGGGGAGAACGCUACGGUGCAGGUGUUGGGCGGGACGGUGUUGCAGGCGGCGGGGAAGAGUGAGGAGGCUUUGGCGUUGUUGGGGAAGCAUCAGGGGAGCUUGGACGCCGUCGCCCUGAUUGUUCAGAUCCACCUUCAGCAGAACAGGAAUGACCUCGCCGUCAAGGAGGUCGCUGCGGCCCGGCGGUGGGCACAGGACAGCCUGCUGGUGAACCUAGCCGAGUCGUGGGUCGGUCUGAGGCUGGGUGGCGAGAAAUAUCAACAAGCAUUCUACGUCUUCGAGGAACUGGCACAAGCCCCCGCAACAUCAUCCGUCCGGACCCUUGUGUCUCAGGCUGUCGCGGAACUGCACCUCGGCCGCACCGAGGAGGCCCAGGCUGCACUAGAACAGGCGCUUAAGAAGGAGCCCGAACACGCCGAUGCGAUCGCGAACCUCCUGGUCCUGAAUGCCAUCACAGGGAAGGACAUCACGGAGUUGACAAGCUCUCUGCAAAAGACGGACGCUGAGCACCCGCUCUUGACGGAUCUGGCGGAAAAGAGCGACUUGUUUGACAAGGCCGCGACCAAGUACAAGGCCAAGGUGGCGGCGGCUUAG